UCAACCAAAAUGAAACUCCUGAUUGUUUUCACUGCCAUCGUUGCCGUCGCCCUGGCCGCCCCCGCCGAUGAUGGUGCCGCCACUGUCGUCAAGUUCGAAAAUGACCAGAAGGUCGACGGAUACAACGUAGCCUACGAAACCAGCAACGGAAUCUCCGGAGCCGAACAGGCCCAGCUGAAAACCUUCGCUGACGACGUUGCUGCCAUCGUUGUUAAGGGACAAUACUCCUAUACCGGUGCCGACGGAGUGGUUUACUCCCUUAACUACGUUGCCGAUGAGAAUGGAUUCCAGCCGGAAGGUGCCCAUUUGCCGCGUGUCUAG